CCGGACUUACAAAAUAUUUGGUGACUAAAUAUUUAUUAAAAUUCAAAUGACCAAUUACUUGGAUAGCCCUAUCGUCAAAUAAUCUAGUAACCAUGAGUAUUUUACAGUAAUGAUCACUAAAGUUAAUGACUUGAACAUUCCAAUAAUCAAGAAUUAUUAAGAGACAACAAGAAGUGAACAAGAAGCAAGGUCUAACGUUACGAAUUGACGUAAUCGUUUUCUUUUAAUAAUGGAACCUGAAGAUAUAUCUGAAUCUGUAUCUGAUUUCGCAACUGAUCAUAAAUUAGGACAUGACAAACGUAUUAUCGAAACUCUUAAUGUUAUUAUAAAAAUUGAAAAUGUUUGUGGAUUGUUCAGAUUUGCUUUUGUAAACGGAAAGCUUCGAGAACCAACUUGGAUGAUGAAAAUGAUAUCCUUGUUUAUUUCAAUUACAUGUGCCUGCCUCUUUUUCUACGUAUCUAUAAAUUCCUUUCACAUUAAUAUUGAUAACAUCUCUGUGGCAAAUUUCUUAAACCUUAUUUGUGUUGUAGCGACGGGAACUCAAUACAUGGUUAAUAUUAUGACCAUUACUUUUAUUUUUAAUUCUACUAAUAUUUGUAUCAUAACCACACUUGCAAAUCUAGAUGUAAAGAUGAAAUUAGAGAAUAUCAAGAAUUUUUAUAAAAAAUCAAUGUUGGAAUCGUACAAAUAUGUUAUUUCUAUUGGUAUAAUUCAGGUUGUCAUAAUCAGUUUAGAUGCUUUAACAAUAAAUGUGGCAUGGGCACUUACGGCUGGAAUGAUCUCCUUUGUACAAAGGCUGGAAAUUAUAACUUUUUGUAAAUAUAUUGACUUAUUAAGACGCAGACUGCAAAUUAUAAAUAAAUAUUUAAAAACCUUUGUUAAUGAACAAGACAGAAAAUCCGAAACAAUUUUCACAAUUGAAACCGAAACUAUUGUAACAAACGACACGGCCAAUUUAAUAGGCGAUGCGUCAGAGAGUAACACUAAAAUACGCGACCUGGCUCAGAUGUAUGGCAUGAUCGCACAUACCUGUUCUAUGAUCGGCAAAAUUUUCAGCCUACAGAUUCUUACGAUACUUAUAAGUGUCUUUAUAUUAUUAAUUACCAUCAUGUACAACAACCUCAUCAUUUACCAAACAUCAAUGUAUGUCUUUGGUCGAACAGUAAAUGCAAUAGUUUCAUUUUCCUUUUGGCUUUUUUACUUUGCUUUCAUGUCUUUCAAAUGUGAACGAUUACUCUCAGUGCGCAACGAAACAAAAAUUCUGGUAAACAAAAUCAUCAUGAACUAUGAUCUGCCGACGACAAUGAGAGAUCAAGCUAAAGCGUUCAUGCAACUCGUGGAGGCGUGGCCGUUGCGUAUCCAUAUUUACGAUAUGUUCUCAGUAGACAUAACGCUGAUGUUGAAAUUCAUAAGUGUGGCCACAACUUACUUUAUUAUAAUUAUUCAAGUAGUUAAUUUUUCACAGAUUAUCCUGGUGAUUUGUUUCUUUCCGAUUUUUGUUUAUAGCAAUUCUCUGGUAUUGAAUAAAUGAGUGUCAUCAUAUUUAUAUUUGUUUUCAGUAUUCCGCAAAAAUAUCUACAAUAAAGACCUUAUCUGAUUUGGAUCGAUCCAUACCCAUCUCUUUACUUUGAAAAUCGGUCUGAUCCCCAAAAACAAAUUCCCAUUUUGACCUAAUACUUACCGAACCAUAAUUACUGCAACUCUUUGUUGUUCACACUGAUAACACUCUGACAUGCGCUUUCCUUCUACUAGUCUGCGGAAAUGUAUUCAACUGAUUUGAUUUAUAAGGCAGUUUGGUGCAUAAGUACAUUAUCCAACCUCAUUGUACUAGCAUUCGGCUGUGAAUGAUUACUUUGAGCACGAAAUAAAACUAGAAUUCUGGUCAACAGGAUAGCCAUGGACGAUGAUCUCCCUACGAGAAUAAGAGCCGAGAGCUUCUUUUGGAAGCCUCAGUCGUACGGGCCUAGGUGUCAUUAGCGAACUGGCCCGCCAACAUCAACGAGGAGCAGGAGUGGUUCCGGGAGACCAUGUGGAAAAUCUGCGAUGUGGCCAUGCCCCGAUUCAGAAAGGACGCGCCCUUCGCCGGGUACUGGGGGUCGCGCGAGUUUGCAUCUCCGCGAGACACUUGUAGACAGGACUCCGCUAGCUCCGUAUCCGCCCUCCGGAUGCGGCUUAAAGCCAAAAAUACCGCCCCACGGCCUGAUAAUCUGCCUGGCACCCAGGCCUUUUUAAUCUCUUGAGCUUCGACUGGAGGCACUGUUUUACGAGGAGUGCCUACCGACCUCCUCAACGCAGUUUCUCGGGUAACCCAAACACCCCUAAGUAGGAUUGCUUGUCAGACUUACUGGGUGCUGACUACCCGUAACGACUGCCAGAGGUUGACGACACAGGCGAGACCUACAGGAGAUCAUGCCCUCUACAACACGGUCAUUCGAGUCUAAGAUAUACUUAGAAAGUACAUACAUACAAACUUAGAAAACUUGCAUUGGUUCUUGCCUAUCCUGGAAUCGAACCCACACAUACUUGAGAGAUUGGUCCUUUAGUCACUAGGCGCCACGACUUUUUUUUUAAUCAAUCAAAUUCAAUCAAGAAUAUUGAAUAUGAUUUUAAUCUUGAUUGAAUUUGAUUUUAUACCAUCGAAGUAUACAAAGGAACUAAUAAAAUGUCACCGUGAAAACGACAUCCAUAUAGUGCUACUGUGUUUAGUUCCAGACUUUCAAAAUAUUUGUCUAAAUAUUUAUUGAAAUUCAAAUGACCAAUUACUUGGAUAGCCCUAUCGUCAAAUAAUCAAGUAACCAUGAAUAUUACAUAGUUACAGUAAUGAUCACUAAAGUUAAUGACUUGAACAUUCCAAUAAUCAAGAAUUAUUAAAAGACAACAAGAAGUGAACAAGAAGCAAGGUCUAACGUUACGAAUUGACGUAAUCGUUUUCUUUUAAUAAUGGAACCUGAAAAUAUAUCUGAAUCUGUAUCUGAUUUCGCAACUGAUCAUAAAUUAGGACAUGACAAACGUAUUAUCGAAACUCUUAAUGUUAUUAUAAAAAUUGAAAAUGUUUGUGGAUUGUUCAGAUUUGCUUUUGUAAACGAAAAGCUUCGAGAACCAACUUGGAUGAUGAAAAUGAUAUCCUUGUUUAUUUCAAUUACAUGUGCCUGCCUCUUUUUCUACUUAUCUAUAAAUUCCUUUCACAUUAAUAUUGAUAACAUCUCUGUGGCAAAUUUCUUAAACCUUAUUUGUGUUGUAGUGAAGGGAAUUCAAUACAUUGUCAUCAUUGUGACCACUACUUUUAUUUUUAAUUCAACCAAUAUUUGUAUCGUAACUACGCUUGCAAAUCUAGAUGUCAAGAUGGAAUUAGAGAAUAUCAAGAAUUUUUAUAAAAAAUCUCUUUUAGAAUCCUACAAAUAUCUUAUUUUAAUUGGCUCCAUUCAGGUUGUCAUAAUCAGUUUAGACGCUUUAACAAUAUAUGUGGCAUGGGCACUUGCAGUUGGAGUGAUCUCCUUUGUACAAAGGCUGGAAAUUAUAACUUUUUGUAAAUAUAUUGACUUAUUAAGACGCAGACUGCAAAUUAUAAAUAAAUAUUUAAAAACCUUUGUUAAUGAACAAGACAGAAAAUCCGAAACAAUUUUCACAAUUGAAACCGAAACUAUUGUAACAAACGACACGGCCAAUUUAAUAGGCGAUGCGUCAGAGAGUAACACUAAAAUACGCGACCUGGCUCAGAUGUAUGGCAUGAUCGCACAUACCUGUUCUAUGAUCGGCAAAAU